AUGUUUUCACACUCAGCUCGUCGGUUUACACCGGCUGUGAUUUCUUUUCAAUCUGCUCGAGCUCUCACGGGUCGACGCACCUUCACCUCCACACAAGCCAUAUUCAACUCAUCUCAGGAGCCAAGUGCAUAUAAGGAAGGGAUGAAUCAAUAUCGAACCUUUGCCGGCCCCUUCGCCAAGGUCUUCUUGGGGGGCGUGUUCUUCUAUCAAGUCCUCUAUUGGACCUGGUUAAAAUUGGAAAUGGAUGAGAUUAAAGUGGCAAAGAAUGGUGAGAUCAACAAAAAUUAA